AUGAUGGCUCUCGUUAUGGAACCUAUUAGCAAGUGGACGCCCAAGCAAGUAGUGGAUUGGAUGAAAGGCCUUGAUGAUUGCCUCCAACAAUACAUAAAAAAUUUUGAAAGAGAAAAGAUCAAUGGUGAACAGCUGCUACACAUCACUCACCAAGAGCUUGAGGAACUGGGAGUCACUCGCAUUGGCCACCAAGAACUGAUACUGGAAGCAGUUGAUCUGCUCUGUGCAUUGAAUUAUGGUUUGGAGACUGAAAACCUGAGAACUCUGUCUCACAAGCUGAAUGCCUCAGCCAAAAAUCUUCAGAACUUUAUAACGGGUAGAAGGAGGAGUGGCCAUUAUGAUGGCAGGGCCUCCAGACGACUGCCAAAUGAUUUUCUUACCUCUGUAGUUGACUUGAUUGGUGCUGCCAAGAACUUACUAGCCUGGCUGGACAGGUCUCCAUUUGUCAGCGUGACAGAAUACUCACUGCUGAAAAACAACAUUGUUCAACUGUGCCUGGAACUAACAACCAUUGUGCAACAGGAUUGUACAGUGUAUGAAACAGAAAAUAAAAUUCUUCAUGUGUGUAAAACCUUGUCUGGGAUUUGUGACCACAUCAUUUCGCUCUCAUCUGAUUCUCUGGUGUCACAGUCAGCACAUCUUGAGGUAGUUCAUCUCACCAGCAUUAUGCCCAGUGAGGGUUUGGGAAUGUACAUCAAAUCAACAUAUGAUGGACUACAUGUAAUCACAGGAACAACUGAAAAUUCUCCUGCUGACCAGUGUAAGAAAAUCCAUGCUGGUGAUGAGGUGAUCCAGGUCAACCAUCAAACUGUAGUUGGCUGGCAGUUAAAGAACCUAGUAAAUGCGUUGCGGGAAGACCCAAAUGGAGUAAUUUUAACCCUGAAAAAACGUCCUCAGAAUACCCUGGUUUCUGCUCCUGCCCUUCUGAAGAAUGUGAGGUGGAAGCCUCUUGCACUUCAGCCUGUAAUUCCAACCAGUCCAACAAGCAGUUCUACAACACCAACAAGCACAAUGGGCAUAUCCUCAAAAAUGGAGAACUCUGCACUCCAGGAUGUUUUCAUUCUGUCUCCUAUGUCAGGACUUUAUGGCCCCAGGGAUGAAAUUGGAAUAAUGUCUUGUGAUGACAUCAGCAAAUUUGGAAAGUCUGGAAUGAAAGGCUCUGAGUCUCCAAGCUAUUUUCUGGAGCAUGAAAGUGGGAAAUACUACACCUUAAUUGAAGGUGAAGGCCACCCUGUGAGCUCUGAGUAUGAAAGAAGUAGAGCUACAGGAGUGCGAAGAAGAGAAAAAACACCCACUCAUGGGAAAACCUCUCACAAGCUCAGAGUAGUAAAGAAAAAUAUGUCUGUGCAGAACACGGGAGAUUUAAGGCCUGUUUCUAUGCCUACUGAGUACAGUUGGAUAGGGGAGUCAAAAGAACAAAACAUGUACAAGAGGGGAAGCAGAGACUCUGAGAAUUCACUCCUGCGGUAUCUGAGUGAUGACAAGAUACUGGUUAUCCAAGAAGAGCCUUUGACACAAAAAGACAACAAGAGAGACACAGGUCAUAGGUCAAGAAAAAAGGGAAAAAACACAAGCAGUCCAAACUACCCUAUUAGUCCAUCCGUAUUGACAUCUACUAUUAAUGUUAGGCUUGAACCUGGACAGCAAGAUGUCUUGAAUUUCUCGCUAGCAGAAAAUAAUACCGUUCCACUUUAUCAUAGAGCAGGGGACACAGUCAGUGGAGAUACUGAAAGAUAUGCAAGUUCUGCCAUUGACCAUCAAGGAAGCACAUCCAUGAGGAAGUCAUUCCAUUACGCUUCCCUCAGGGUAAAAAGCAGAAAAUGGUCAAAAGGGAGCUCUCUAACGAGUGGGAGUAGAAGACGGAUUUCCUGCAAAGACUUGGGGCACGGAGAUUGUGAAGGCUGGCUAUGGAAGAAAAAGGAUGCCAAAGGUUAUUUCACACAGAAAUGGAAAAAGUACUGGUUUAUUCUGAAGGAUUCGUCCUUGUACUGGUACACAAACCAGAAUGAUGAAAAAGCAGAAGGAUUCAUUAGUUUACCUGAGUUCAGAAUAGAUAGAGCAACUGAAUGCAGAAGGAAACAUGCCUUCAAAGCAUGCCACCCCAAAAUAAAGAGCUUCUACUUUGCAACAGACUGCCUUGAAGAAAUGAAUAGAUGGAUGAAUCGUUUGGGUCUCGCAGCAAUUGGUUACACACCUGAUGACAAGGAUAUUCAUCCAGAUGAAGCAGAUUACUGGAGUGAAAGCGACCAGGAUGACAUCGACGGCUCUUUAACCCUGAAGCAGGAAGGCUCUUCAACACUGUGUGACACCUAUCAUCGAACACCCUCAGUGAAUUCUUCAAGUCCAUUCCCUGAAGCCAAACACGGUCGACACUUUUCAAGUGAAUCAACAUAUUCUCAUUCUUCUGCCGAGGAUUCUCGACAAGAUGUAGCAGGAAGCACACACUCAUCAGGAUGCAGACCUCCCUACCGAGAAAGACGCUCAUGGCAGGAUCUGAUAGAGACUCCGUUAACCAGUUCAGGGCUCCAUUUUCUUCAGACUGUUCCUCCUGACGCAGAGUACGUGAGUGGCCAGCCUGGAACGUCACCGGACAAACGAAGACAAGCAACGCUACCAGUACAAAGACGUUAUAAUUACGAGCAGGAUGGGCCUUUCCCUUUGGUGGAAUGUCAAAGGGGACAUAGCUCUCAUAGCAGGCCACAGAAGCAACGUAGUCAAAGCCUUCCCCGAAACAGAGAUGUCAGGGGUAAGGGACGUGUAAAGUCCAUAGAAGGAACAGAUGACAAGCUAGAAGAGAAAGCUCCUAUUAGAAGGCAUAAUAGUUUUUGUGCAGAAGAAAACGUAAAAGAAAUUGGAGAAAAUACAGACGGUCUGCAAGAGCUAUACAAAUCUCUGGAACAAGCUAGUUUGUCAGCUUUUGGAGAGCAGCGUCCUUCCACCAAGCAGGAGUUCCGCAAGUCUUUUGUAAAGCGAUGUAAUGAUCCAGUUAUCAAUGAAAAGCUUCACCACAUCAGAGUUCUCAAGAGCACUUUAAAAGCGAAGGAAGGGGACCUCACAGUUAUCAACAACCUUCUGGAUGAUCCCAACUUAACAUCAAAGAAGUUUAAAGAUUGGAAACUAAAGAACUAUGAGUUUUUCCUGGACAUUUGUGAGUACAGCGCUGCUGUGAAAUCUCAAAAUGGAGCCUCUGAACUUGCAACCUCAGCACCAAUGCUGACACAUACUCACUCAUUCAUUGAAACUCACGUGUGACAGGACUCAUAUCCUGAAUAAUUGCUGGGUGCCAUGAAAAAUCGAAUAAGACAA